GGGUGCUUGGAGGCGACGGCGGCGCUGGCGGGUUGGUUAAACGGGUGCGGCGACGGCGACAGUGUCCUGUUCGACUUCCCCUGAGCCCCAACCGCUCCGCACAGAGCCGUUCCGCGGCGCCGCCGCACGUGCAGGCAGCCAUGAGCGACCGAAAGGCCGUCAUCAAGAAUGCGGACAUGUCCGAAGAGAUGCAGCAAGAUGCUGUGGAGUGUGCGACCCAGGCGUUGGAGAAGUACAACAUCGAGAAGGACAUUGCUGCUCACAUAAAGAAGGAAUUUGACAAGAAGUACAACCCCACUUGGCACUGCAUCGUGGGAAGGAACUUUGGCAGCUACGUGACUCAUGAGACCAAGCACUUCAUCUACUUCUACCUCGGCCAAGUCGCUAUUCUUCUUUUCAAGUCUGGUUAGAACCACGGACUCUGAAGCUUGGAUCUGUUUCCAGGACUGUGUGCUGACUCCUCUGACUAGUUACUGCAGCCUUCCUGAGGACGCAGACUUGGAUAUUCAAGGGCAAUGGCAGGGAUUAUGAUAUAGCAGAUGAUGAUACAUUGUGGAUAUAAAAAGGAAAAAGUACCAAAAGGGUCUUCCUUGUAUUUUUUUUUUUUUCCGAAGGCUGCUUCUUUGCUAGUAGAGCUAUUGGAGCAAUUUUGCCUUUGAGAGUUUUAUAGCCAUCUAUAGUACGGCCUAUUUACUGCUUGUGCUAUGUAAGUACUGACUGUGUUUAGUCCUUUCUGUUCCAAACCUCCCUUCUUCUGAGGUGGUCUGUUUUUUUUUUUGCCGCUUCCCCCCCCCGCGGUGUUUGGCUGGAUGUACUGCCCCGCAGCCCCAGCCCGUUCUUUCUCUGCCGCUGCCUCUUGGAGCACCGCUGUGGAGAAUAAAGGCGAAGCCCUGUCCCGGC